AUGAUGGACACUAUGAAGAGAGCAGAGAUCGACACUACGGCGCCGUUUAGAACCGUCAAAGAAGCUGUGGCUUUGUUCGGCGAGAGAGUCUUAGCCAGUCAAGUUUAUUCCAACCAUCUCAAAAAACAGAUGGAGGGCGAGAAGUUGGGAGAUCCAGCAAAGGUUGAGAUGGAGCUGAAAGAGACAAAACAUAAUCUCAAAAGGGCAAAAGAAGAAAGCAUACAAAUGAGAAACUCUUUGUCUUCUCUUAGGGAAGAGCUUGAGAGGACAAAACAAGAGCUUCUGAAGCUGAGGGUAGACCGUGAGGAACGCGUAACGAAAGUGGAUGAGACCGUUUUCAAAACCAAAUUCGAAGUGUUGGUUCCUCAGGUUGAUGAUGAAACAAGUAGUACUAGUCCAAGGUUGAGAUCGAUGAGUGAGAAGAAGUACGUUAAAUUUGCAAACCCGACAACUGGUAAUAAAGGUUCGGUGGUGGAGAUGUUUCUUGAGAGACACCCUUCGAUGAGAAAGAAGGAGAAGAAGAAGAAGAAGAGCUUGAUCCCUUUGUUUAUUGGAGUGAUAUUCUCAAAGAAAAAGGUUUUGCAAUGA